AUGCGACCAACCUCCCCCCCCUCCCCCGCGCAGCAAACCCCUACCAAGUACUCCGCAGGAGUGAACAAUGCCAACCCAGAGUCUCCAACGACCGCACGCCCGCUUGAUUUUGACGAUGAGCCUCAAGAGACAGGCGUCAUCUCUACACCCUCAAAAGCAGAUACCACCGCGCCCGCUGCCGACGAUGUGCCUCCGCCAAAGCCGCCGCGUCCGCUCAGUCCGCGACAGCAGGCCGAAGAGACAUUGAAAGAAGCGUUCCCGUCAAUCGAUGCCGCCGUGGUCAGAGCUGUCUUGACGGCGAGUGGAUACAAUGUGGAAAGGGCCUUUCAUGCACUACUAGGCAUGACGGAUCCUACUGCCCAAGAAGAACUUCCACCGCCCCCGCCAGCGAAGCCCCCGAGACCUUCCUAUCAUCCAGCGACCUCAACUACUCAGAAACAGUUACAUGACGAUGAGUUAUAUGCUCGCCAACUAGCUCAACACUUCAGCGGUUCAGCCCGCCAGGCGAGACCGGGCUACAGCCACCCAGAAGAUGAAUACCCAGAGGAGCGAGAGCGCAACUUUUUUGAUGAUGAUUUGCCUGUGAUUCGAGAAAAUAUCCGAAAGGGCUUCCUGGAAACACAGUCUAAGGUCAAUACUUGGGUGCAAAACUUCAAGAAAAGACUCGAUGGUGACGAAGACGAGGCGCAGCCCGAGGACAGCUAUGCCCGGCCACAUGGCGAGACUCAGACUUAUGGCCGUGUGCGACGGAGCGGCGACUCGGCUCGACGCAGUGGAGAUCUACCUCCUCCGCGUCCCCCACGACCCUUAGCAAACAUCAGACCUGCCAAUGUCUCCCGCUCCCAAGAGAGGCGAAAAGUGUCAUUCCAGGACGGCCCGCCGGAGGAGAUUGACAAUCUCUACGACGCCCCAGAAACAACCAAACGUAUACCGUCGACAGGAGGCAAGGCAAGCAAAUGGCAGCCUCUUUCCACUACCGAUCAUUCUUCCGUCGGAGAAAACGACCCUUUCAGUCUUGGCGAUAGCGAGGAUGAACGGGACAACAACACCAAACCCAAGGAUGGCCAGACAGAUCAACUCAAGCAACUCACGACAGAUGCCAUGGAGUCAGACAUUGGGUCGGGCUCGAAGGAAGAGAGCAAGAAAGCCGAGGAUAAAUGA